UACUGCAGUACGGUCACAGUCUCGUGUGUGUUCAGAGCCGAAGUGAAGCCCGCGGGAGCGCAGGACAAGAGCAGCAAUGAGGAGCGCAGCGUCUCCAACUCAGCUUAACUGAACAGGCCGGUCCAGCUCUCCUGCACUCCGGCUCCUGGAUUAAGUUUUUUUUCCCCCUUUUCCUGCUGUCAUGGAGUCUCCCACCAGAGAGAUCGAGGAGUUCGAGAACACGUCGCUCAAGUACUUGCAACCCGACCAAAUCGAGAAAAUCUGGCUCCGACUGCGAGGACUGAGAAAGUACAAGAAAACUUCUCAGAGAUUGCGAUGUUUAGUAAAGCAGUUGGAGAGGGGAGAGGCGUCCCUCGUAGACCUGAAGAAAAACCUGGAAUAUGCCGCCACUGUUCUGGAAUCAGUCUAUAUUGAGGAAACAAGGCGACUGGUCGACACAGAGGAUGAGCUCAGCGAUAUCCAAUCAGAUUCUGUGCCAUCUGAGGUCCGUGAUUGGCUGGCCUCCACCUUCACGCGGCAGAUGGGGCUGAUGCUGCGACGGACGGAGGAGAAGCCGCGGUUUCGCAGCAUCGUUCAUGCAGUGCAGGCUGGGAUAUUUGUGGAGAGAAUGUACCGGCGAACCUCCAACAUGGUGGGACUGAGUUAUCCUCCGAAUGUCAUAGCAGUGCUUAAGAAUGUGGAUAGAUGGUCUUUCGAUGUGUUCGCUCUGAACGAAUCGAGCGGUGACCACGCGCUCAAAUUCAUCUUUUAUGAGCUCCUGACCCGAUACGACCUCAUCAGCCGCUUCAAGAUCCCUGUGUCUGCGCUGGUCUCAUUCGUGGAGGCUCUGGAAGUGGGUUACAGUAAACAUAAAAACCCCUACCAUAACCUGAUCCACGCGGCUGAUGUCACACAGACUGUCCACUACUUACUGCUCAAGACAGGAAUGGUGCACUGGAUGACAGAGUUGGAGAUUUUUGCGAUGAUCUUCGCUGCUGCCAUUCAUGACUAUGAACACACUGGCACCACAAACAACUUUCACAUCCAGACGAGGUCAGACGCAGCGAUCCUGUACAACGAUCGCUCGGUGCUGGAGUCUCAUCAUGUGAGCGCCUCGUAUCGACUGCUGCAAGACGACGAUGAGAUGAACAUCCUCUACAACCUGUCCAAAGACGACUGGAGGGAGUUCAGGGCUCUGGUGGUGGAGAUGGUUCUGGCCACUGACAUGUCCUGCCACUUCCAGCAGGUCAAAACCAUGAAGAACUUCCUCCAGCAGCCCGAGGGAAUCGACAAACCCAAGGCUAUUUCUCUGCUGUUACACGCCGCCGACAUCAGCCAUCCUGCCAAAACCUGGGAUCUGCACCACCGCUGGACGACGUCUCUCCUGGAAGAGUUUUUCCUCCAGGGCGAUAAAGAGGCAGAAUUGGGUCUACCUUUUUCACCUCUGUGUGACCGUAAAUCCACUAUGGUUGCCCAGUCCCAGAUUGGCUUCAUUGACUUCAUCGUUGUUCCUACGUUUACGGUUCUGACGGAUAUGACCGAGAAGAUCGUCACACCGCUCAUUGAAGAGGCCACAAGUUCAGGCCUGGCUGGAUUUCGCAGUAUUACUGGCGGAGAUGUGAAGCGCAGCAGUGUAAACAGCUCUGCUUCUGACAGCAGCUCAUCUCACAACGGCUCACUUCUCACUGUGGACCUGAAGAACUUCAAGACCCUCUGGAACGAGGAGGUUUCUCUGAACCGAGAGCGCUGGAAGAUGCAGGCGGCUAAAGAGACGGAGGAGAAGGCCAAACGAGAGCUGGAGGAGCAGCAGGAGGCAGAAAACCAGGCGCAAAAAAAAGAGACGGAGCUGUCAGGACCAAAGAAAGGUGACCCGGAGCCAGGAGGGGUAAAAGGACCACCAGAAGAAAGUCCCCAUGACAAAUCAAAGAAAUUACAGAACGGAGAAGUGUCUGAAGAGGCAGAAUCACCAGCAGAUGAAGAUACGAGAACACUCAGCGAAACUGCAAAACCCUAAAGUGAGUGAUUUCCAGCGGCGUCUCCCUGUACAUCAGAUCCCGCUGUAAACAAUGAACUCUUCAGAAGAUUCACAGCGCCAUCUAGAGGACAGGACUACUGCUUACAUGCUUACACCUCUUCCACUCCAAAGCAUUUUCUAGACGGAUGAAGGACACAACGAACAGACGAGGUACAGCUGCUGCUUUUCUUCCCAGAAGCAGAUCUCUCUUUCUUCCCAAACCUUGGCUGCAUCGACUUAGAAAUGCAUGCAAAUGGUGGAUCCCUAUGAAAAGCUCCUUCGUUCAUAAUAAAACACACAAAUGCUUUUAA